AUGGAUUCCAGUUAUAUUUCACGAGAUGCAUAUAGGAACUUAGCUGCAAUAAAUUUUCACUUACCACGUGAAUAUAUUAUUGCAAAUGAACAAAAUAAUUUAACCCAGGAGAUAAUCAAUAAGAUUCAGAUUAAUCUUAUAAAUAUGAAUAAGGCAAUAAACAAUCCUAAUUUAGAAGAAGAACCUAAUUAUAUCGAUAUAAUUCCUGAUAAUAUCGAUACUGAUACUAUUAACGUUAAUGAAAUCAGUAGAUCUGAAUAUAUAG